AUGGCCGAAGUUGAACAACAAAUUAGCAGUACGCCUGCUGCAGAGAAUAAUGAAGAGGUAAGUUUUUUUUUCCAUUAUGAUAAGACCACCGUUCAUAUAAGGUCAAGCAACGGCGGCCAUGAACACACAACCCUCUUUGAUCCAUCACUGAAAAAGAAGAAGAAGUCUUCGAAGAGUAAGCCUACUUUUGAAGAUGUUGGCAACGAAGUUGACGACCUGAAGUCUGAGCUUGAAAAGAAGAAAAAGAAGAAGAAGGAAAAGAAGUCUGAGGAUGGCGAAAGCAGGGAGGGAACACCAGUUGGAGAUGAAGCUGGCGAAGCAGGAGCUUUUGAGUUUAAGAAAAAGAAGAAGAAGAGCAAGUCUGCUGCAACCUCUGCAUUCGACGCUCAGUUAGAAGAAGCUGGAGUCGAGGGUGAAGCAACUACUGAAAAGGCCACUGCCAAGAACAAAUAUAGCAACGUCAAUGCCGAUGGCGACCCUGACUUCACUUAUGAAGAGCUUCUUUCUAGAUUUUUCUCUAUCCUCCGUGAGAACAACCCUGAUUUGGCUGGUGAUAGAACUGGUAUUAAGUAUAAGAUUCCUCCUCCCGCUGUUGCUCGUGAUGGUAACAAGAAGUCACUAUUUUCGAACGUCAAAGAUAUUGCCGAUAGAAUGCAUCGUCCCACAGAGCAUGUUAUUCAAUUCCUGUUUGCUGAGUUGGGUACUUCAGGAUCUGUGGACGGUUCCAACCGUUUGGUUAUCAAGGGACGAUUCCAACAGAAGCAAAUCGAGACUGUCCUGCGUCGUUAUAUUAUUGAAUAUGUGACUUGUAAAACUUGUAAAUCCGUCAACACCAAGCUUACCAAAGAGAAUAGACUGUACUUUUUGGAGUGUAACAGCUGUGGAUCUAGAAGAUCAGUUUCUUCUAUCAAGACGGGUUACCAAGCCAUUAUCAAGCGUGGAAGAAAAUAA